AGGAACCCCGCGUAGGUGCCCGUAGCUCUUGAGGAUUACAAACCAUUUUUUUUUUGUAGCCUGCUUGAGGAGCUGGGUCCAAGUCACCACCAUCUGAGGGGCAAACCUAGAUAACAAAUUCCAAGUCGCAACAACUCAACAACUUUGCAGUGCAGUAAUCAAAUGCAAAGCAGAAUCUGACACAGAUUCCAAUAAUCGACAACUGCGUACAAAACAAAACAUCAAGUGUAACCUUCGCUCGGUCCCGGUGGUUAGGGAGCUCUUAUCACCGACAUUACACCACAUCCACUCCGGGGCGGCGGCAAACGGAUAAUCGUCACCACCCACUGAACACACAAGCCCAUCCAUCGCCCAACCACUUUCCCCAAAAUCAACCAUUUUUUUCCAAUCAUCAAACUUUGGUUGGAGUGUGUGUGUGUGUGUGUGUGUGUGUGUGUGUGUCGGUUCAUGACAUCAACAUCCUCAACCGCAAGUCACCUCCCGACUUGCCGCCCCACCACCUCCUCCUCCUCUUCAUCUAGCACGACAACAACCGACAACGAGAUGGUGGGCAUUUUGAGCCUCCCGCCCGAGAUAUUCCACGGGAUACUCUCCCUUCUUGACCCGAAGGACUUGGGGAACUUGCCACGGGUUUGUAAAGGGUUUAGGGAUUUUGUCGAGGGGAAUAACCCGCUUUGUAGGGAUGUUUAUUGCAGGAUUUUGGACAAACCAGCCUCGGCGACGGGCAUUGAUUUCGUUCAGGAAGUGAGGGAUCUGCUUCAUCUGGAGCAGGUUGUUUCUGCGGGGUGGCUUAUUCCUGAUGAUGGGGACUUUACGAAGACCAAUGAGUUGGCUAUGCGGGAGCUGCCGUUUGUUCAUCGGACUAUAACCAGACUGCUGAGUCAUAUCCCUUCUCUUGAGCAAGGGCUUGAGGAGGGUCCGUCGAGGUUGGUGAAUGCGGAGACGUACCAUCGAUCGGCGACUUGUGAGUAUCUGGCCCGGGUGCUGGAGGAGGCGCCAAGGUCGGCGUUUGAUGAGAAUUGGAAUGGGGUUCUUCAAGGGUUUUUUUACCAGUCGACGAUUUUUAAGAGGAUUCCGAAGCACCCUCAGCGACCUUUUCCUGUCAUCAGCCCGAAGACGGUGAGGAGGUCGUUGGGGGAGGUGGUGGACGAGGAGGAGAGGGAGAGGAGGCGGAUGAGUGCGCAUUUGCAUUGUUUGUUGGGGAUUCAGGACUUGCUGAGGGAUGUCACGAGCGGGAGCUCGCUGAAGAAGUGGAGUUUGCCUGAGAGGGCUUAUGCGACUGCUUGUGCGAAGGUGUAUGAUAUUCGGGAGUAUAAGAGGGAGGAGACGGGUUGGGGACCGUUUUAUACGCCCGAGGGGGAGGAGGGGAAGGGGUUGAGGGUUGAUUGGGAGAAGGCGGAGGCGAUUAUGAUUGUGUUGGGGACGAAUUUGCGGGCGAAGGGGUUGGCGUUUUUUGAUGCGGUGGAGCAUGUCUGGGGGAAGAGGUUUGGGGGUGUGUGGGAGGGGAGUUAUAUCCCUUGGGUGCCGGAGAAUGCGCUUGCCAGUUUGGAGGAUAAGAAGGUGGAGGGGGAGGAGGAGGAGGAGGAGGAGGAAGAGCAGGAGGAGAGGGAGAGGAGGUUGAAGUUGGAGGAGAUUGCAAAGAGGGAUCCGUAUGGGGUCAAGGGGACUUGGUUGAGGGUUGUCUGCUUCCUCGAUUAUACAGAUUUUUUCCAUUUCAACUUUCACAACCACGAGGGGGAGGGUCAGGCGGCCGAAGCGCCGAGGGAGCCGCUGAAUACUGGUGAGGCGGUGAGGCUUAUUCUUAUGAAGGUUCAUGCCACCAAGAUUGAGCCUGCGGAUCCUGAGGCGGGAGAUCAUGAGGACUGGCCGGUUGUUCAUUUUGAGGGACAGUCUAGGGCGCUGGACUGGUCUUGGGAUGGGAAUGCGGAUUCGGAGUUGAGGGGGACGGUGAGGAUGACGAGGGAGGGGGAGGUGAGGUGGACGACGUAUUCAAUUUAUGACGGGGAGGAGCGGUGGAAGAGCGAGGGGUUCCAGCUUGGUGGGAGGAGGUCUGCCAGGGGUGUUGUUGGGAAUUGGUUUGAUAAGGACUACAGCGAACACGGCCCCUGCGGCCCGACGGCUUUCUGGAAGGUGGCUGACCACGAGUAUGACUCCAACUCGGACGAGACCGGGGAGAUGCUGAACAAUCUGUUGCCACUUCGUACGCCUUUCUUCUCUCCCAUGGAGCUUGCUCUUGUCCUGACGGUUGUAGUCGACAAUGACGACGACGACGACGACUCGGACGAUCCGGAUGCUGAGGAGAAUGAGGAUAGCGAUGAGCAUGUGUCUGAGUCGGAUGAAGUUGAUGAGGAGGAGGAGGAGGAGGAGGAGGGGGAAGACGAGGAUGAGGAUUUGGAUCAUGAGCUUGAGGAGGAGCUUGAGACGGAGGCGAUGGGGGUGUUUGGUGGGGGUAAUGCCACUGGCUCGGGUUCACCUCCGGGGCAGGGGUUGCGCGGUGGCGGUGGUGAGAAUGAUGGGGGGAAUGAUGAUAGGGAAAACCGAGACAGGGACGGCCACAGCGAUGUGGCUGGCAGAGAGCACGCGGGCAUUGAACCGCCUUCUGAUGCCGAGUCGAAUGUCGAAUCUGAAGAUGAAGGAUGGCCUUAUGAGGACGGGUAUGAUCCGUAUGAGGAGGAGGAGGCAUAUAUGCAGGAGAUGGCUCAGCUGCCGCGGUAUGAGCUCAAUGCGGAUUACAGGCGGUUCAAUGAUAUGAUGGUGGCGAGGUUUCAGAUCGGGAUGCCGGAGCCUGAGGAUGAUGAGUAUUUGGAGCCGUGA